AUGGUGAAGCAUGCUGACUUGCCCGGAAAAACGGCCAGCCGCAUCCGCGACGCCGCGCUGUCGCUCCACCUCCUGGCGCGCCUCCGCCUCCGCCUCCGCCCCGUCCUCCUCCGCCUCCACGACGGCGGCGGCGCCACCACGCUGCGCGUCUGGUGCCCCGCCACCCCGUCCUCCAAGCCGCCGCCGCUCCUCCUCCGCGGCUUCGGCGGGGACGCCAAGUGGACGUGGGCGCGCAACCUCCCGCGCCUGUCCCGCCACUUCCACGUGUACGCGCCGGACCUCGUCUUCUUCGGCGCGCAGUCCCGGUCCGCGUCGCCGCUCCGCUCCGUGGCGUUCCAGGCCCGCUGCGCCGCCGAGGCCAUGCGCCUCCUCGCCGUGCCCCGCUACGACGUCGCGGGGAUCAGCUACGGCGGCUUCGUCGCCUACCGGAUGGCCAUCGCCGAGGCCAGCGACGCCGUGGGCAGGCUCGUCAUCAUGACCACCGGCGUCGCGGCCACGCCCGGGGAGAUGCGGGCGAUGGCGGCAAGGGAGGACCGCACCGUCGACGAGGCGCUGCCGCCGGACACCGCCGAGGGGCUGCGCUUCCUCGUGCGACGCUCCAUGCAUCGCCCCCCGCCGUGGAUGCCGGGCUUCGUGCUUGAGGACUUCAUCCAGGUUAGCACUCCAUCUCGUUCGGUGUUUUUUCUUUCGUUAUAA